AUGAAUUCCCGUCGCAGUAUGCCCAAAGUGAGGUCGGGAUGCCAGACGUGCAAGUCACGACGCGUCAAGUGUGACGAGCAGAAACCUAGCUGCGCUAGAUGUAUACGAGCUGGCCGCGAAUGCAAAGGUUAUCCGCCACCGGACAAGAACAGCCAGUUGCAUAAUGGAGAGUUGUCGUUAAACAUCCCAAUCAAGGCUUAUAGCAUCCCUUUCAAGGUUCCUGGUAGUCGGACAGAUCGGCAGCUCCUGCAUUUCUACUGUUCUGAUGCGGCUGGAAAUCUGUCUGAUUUCUACCACCGGGAACUAUGGACAAGGAUAAUUCUACAAAGAUGCCACGACCAAUCUAUUAUUCGCAAUGCUGUGGUUACUCUCAGUUCACUUUAUUUGGACUAUGUGCGUGGUGAAAAUUACUACGCCGACAUAGGGUGGUCUCCGCCGGCAAAGAGCCUCGAGCAGAUUACAAAAUGCCACCGACAGCUCAUGACUCAUCUCAGUUCGCCGAAUGCCUCGUUGGAGAUAGCCCUCAUUUGCAGCCUGUUCUUCCAUGCUUUUGAGACCAUUCUGGGAAACCAACAACAGUCAAUCUUUCAUCUCGAUCAAGGUAUACUCUUAUUAAAGCGAUACCAGGCGGACAAAAAUUAUCAGCUCGCACCCGCCUCUGAAGAACUAUGCACUCAUCUCACUGCCCAGUUCUCUAGGCUUGAUGUGCGAGCCAGUCGUUGUGAUCCUACGAGGGUACCACUACUGAACCUAGUGUCCCCCGCGGAAAUUUCAGGCACAGUUUCUCUGGUUCCUGAUGUCUUUUUCAGUCCUACACACGCCGAGGCUGUAUAUUUAAAACUGGAAAAUUGGAGCGAGCAUCGGAAAAGGGCACAAGAGACAUAUAUUCCAGAAUCCAUAGAAAAUAUGCAUCUCCAGACCAUAUACGAAAAUAAGAUCUUCGCUGGAGAGCUCAAGAAAUAUUGUGACAAUAUCGAAAAACUUGUCUAUUACUGUCGAUCACAAGAUCCUAGCUGGACAAGCCAUGCUCUAAUGCUUCAAAUCUCAUCGCGUGUAUGUUAUACGGCCUUUCAAAACACGCCUUCCCCCGACCCCUCAUUGCCCCGUCAAAAUAGGGAAGAGCUUGAGGAAAGCUUAAAAGAGAUUGUAUCAGACAUGGAUUGUUUACUUUCUAGCUUCAAGGAGCCCUAUCAGUUUGCCGAUAGUCGAUAUUUCACGCUUUCUUCGAACCUGAUCAUGAUUCUAACAUUCGUGAUUAUUAAGACGACUAAUCGCGAUACGUUGGAGAAAUCCCUCUCACUACUCAAACACAACCGGCUUCCAAGUCGAGAGGGCCUUGCCGACUCCGAAGCAAUGGGAUAUGUUUUCCAAAAACUACGAUCACAACUUCUUAAGGAGCAUAUCCGGGGUGAUGAUAACCAGUACUUUGACACAACCAUGGAGCAGCUCGGUGCAAAUAUUCUAACUAGACCCCGCACCUUUUACGAAAUGUUUGUCAACAUGAAAAACGAAGAGGCGGGGAACGAGCAGUGGCAGUAG